AUGGAAGCCAUGGAUUUAAAUGUAGUAGACACAGCCCCUUCGGGCAAUAAGGACACGGCUACGGAAGCCGACUUCAUGGGCCAAAUUGUGAAGAAGGCACUGCCGUCGAACUACAACUUCGAAAUCGCAAAAAGUGUCGCCAAGGUGCGACAGCUACGCGCCAAGAAGGUGGCGCUACAGAUGCCAGAGGGGCUGCUGUCCUGGGGGUGCGAAAUCGCGGACAUACUCAAGUUCUUCUGCGAGUCUAUAGACGAGGUCAUCAUCAUGGCCGACGUGACCUAUGGCGCCUGCUGCAUCGACGACAUCACCGCACAGACCAUCGGAUGCGACCUCAUCAUACAUUACGGCCACUCAUGUCUUGUGCCCGUAACUUCGGUAGCCGUGCAGUGCCUAUACGUGUUCGUCGAAAUCAACUUCUCGCCGCACUAUCUCGCGAAAGCGGUCAUGCAGGUGUUUAAGCCGCACGACAAGAUAUUCCUCAUGGGGACCAUACAGUACUCAAACGUGCUGCGCGAGGCGGCCACAAUCAUCGAUGAAGUCGGAUACUUCAACAACAAGGUGAUAGUGCCGCAGGUGACCCCGCUGCUUCCGGGGGAGGUGCUGGGAUGCACGUCGCCAGUGCUGCACGGUUGCGAGUUCAAGCGAAACGAGAGGGCCAAAUCUACGUCCAGCGGUGAUAAUUGCUGCUGUCGAAGCAACACGGAUGACGGCAGCCGUUGUUGCAUGGAACCACCAGCAACUGCAAACGGCGGAAACGACUCUAGCGACGUGCAUGUAGGUACGAACCAGGAAUCGGAUCCGGCCCAUGUAGACACAUUUGAUGAAGAGGGCGAACGAACGAUAGUAUUCGUAGCUGAUGGCAGGUUUCACCUGGAGAGCGCCCUUAUACAGAACCCCGGCAUACGCGCCUUUCGCUUCGACCCAUUCAACAAAACGAUGUCGGGGGAGUCUUACGAUCUCGAAACGCUGCACGCCACUCGAAGUGACGCAAUACAAAGGGCCAAGAGCGCGAAGUCAGUUUGUCUGGUACUUAGCAUGCUGGGACGCCAGGGUAAUAUCAACAUCCUCAAAAAUCUCACAAAGAUGUUGGAAACAGCCCAGAUUGAGUACCACGUCAGACUGCUGUCCGAAAUUACACUCGACAAGCUGGCGCAGCUUGACGUGGACGCGUACAUACAGAUCGGCUGCCCCAGGCUGUCGAUCGACUGGGGUGCAGGGUUCGGGAAACCGCUGCUGAACCCCUAUGAAGCGUACGUCGCCUACAACAAGGAGGUCUACAAGAGCACGUAUCCCAUGGAUUACUAUUCCAACGCGGGUGGGCAGUGGUCUAACUACACGGCGAACCGACAGGGUGCGCCCCCUGUCGACAGUAAGGAGGCCAUACGGCGGAUGCUGCAGCAGCGAGCACGUGCUAAACAUAUACAGUACUCGCAUUAG